AUGGAUUUUGAUAUUGAUGAGGAACAGGAAAAGGAAGAACGAGAAUUGGAAAGUUAUCGACAAGAUGCCAAUCAAAGGCUUGCCGAAUUGAAAAGGAAUUUUAAAUCAUCAUCAUCACCAUCAUCGUCAUCUGCUACUUUGAGGCUUCCGAAUAGUGCUCCAGGCUUGGGAUCAUCCAAUAAUAAUAAUAAUUUAAUUAAUUUCAAUCAACAACAACAAACGAGACAAUCAUCGUCUGUAGCAAGCAGUAGCAACACACCAACAACAAAUUACACGAGUAGAAUUAUCAAUAGAACACCUGGUACUGUGGUUUCUCCACCAAAUAGCAUUCCGAGUAAUAGUAACGUGCCAUUCGUGCCACAAAAGUUUAUUCCUCCACAAAGGAUUUCACAAACAUCUCAAAAUUCUCAAAAUUCUCAAAAGAGUAAUUCUUCUCCGAGUGUUGGUAGUGGAUCUUCAUCUUUUGUUACUCCUGUCAAGUCGUCUAUGACAUCUUUGAAUCAAAGUACUCCUCCAAUAUUUAUUCCUCCAUUUAAUAGUAGUACACCAUCGACGCCUUCUUCUGUUGGAAGUAGUAAUAGUGCUUCUGCUUCUCCAUUGAUUGAAAGCAUUAGUCCACAAGUUGCUGUAACAUCAAAUCCUGUACCACCUAAUUCGUAUGUGCCUUUUCCCACCACUGCCACAACCAUUGUUGCAAAUGAAGUGCAAAAGAAGAAUCCCAUUGUAAAACACAUUCGGGACAAGGUUUUCAAAUUACACUUUACAAAAGAUUGGACCUUAACUGAUUAUAUUCUAGGAAGACAAACCACUGCAUUCUAUCUCAGUCUUAAAUUUCACAUGACCAAACCGAAAUAUAUUUUAGAGAGAAUUAAGAAUUUUCACAAGACUGAAAUUUGUAAAAGAGGCACGUUUACUAAUCGAAUCAUUCUAGUGAAUGUGGAUGUACAUGUGGAUGCCUGUGGAGAUUCAUCAAUUUAUCUAUCUAAUCAUCAGGACUCUCAGGGUGAGAAUGGUGGAACCUUUAAGGCACCAACCUAUGUUUCAGAGACUGCACUCGAUGAGGCACUCAUAGAAGUAACGAGAAUUUCCAUGUGGGCCGAUUGGACUGUGAUUUGUGGAUUUUCAGAUGAGGAAUGUGCACUGUAUUUGGAAACCAUUAGAGCAUGCGAGACUAAGGGUUCAUCAUUGAUUCAAGGACCUAAUCAAUCAUUGGCCUCACUUCAAUCAUCAACCAAUUCAUUGGUUACAUCAACAGGAGGACAAGGUAAACGAAAGGGAAAUAGGAGAUGGAGUAGGGAAAGUAGCUCCAAUAGCAACUCCAAACCAGUUGAGGUAGAAAAACUUUCGCACACUGAGGAAGUGCAUCAACUCUUUGCUGCCACUCUGAAAAACACACUCAACAAGAGAGAUCACAUUACAUUGCUCAAUCACUUUGGAUCACUGAAAGAGGUCAUUCAGACAACAUCUGAUGAACUGAAUGACUUGCCAGGUUUUGGUAAGAAGAAGGUGAAGAAACUCAUCAAUCUAUUCCAGACUCCAUUUAUUCCUGGAAAGGAAUUUCCAGAGCCAUCAUCCAAAAAACCAACCAAAAAGCAGAGUAAUAUUAAGCUUGUGAAAAAAUCAAUUCUUCCCCAGGAGAAUGAAAUAGAUGAUGAAGAUGAUAUUUUCAUAGUUGAUAAGGAGACAGGAAAGGAAGAAAAAGUGAAUUGUAAGCUGAAAGUUAAAAAGAAGCAAAGUGAAAUUGGCUCCUUUUUUAGUCAGAAACCAAAAACUGAAGAGGAAGAUUCGGACUAG